UCUUUGUGUGAGGUAAGGUGAGACAUGGAUUUACGCCUACAUUUCUCUUUUAUUUUGAAUUUAAUACAAACGAAGUACGAACAACUUUUAAAGUGUUACAAGUUACCUACUAUUGUUACAGAUUAAUAAGUGCUCUGCAAGUACCUUUAAAAACUGUGCCAAUAAAUCUAAACAAAGUGAAACAUCUUGAAGUUAUAAACCCUUGACCCAGUACAACUUUGUCAACAUGAAGAAGAAGGUGCUGUUGAUGGGGAAAAGUGGGUCUGGUAAAACCAGUAUGAGGUCCAUAAUAUUUGCAAAUUAUAUUGCAAGAGAUACCAGACGAUUGGGAGCCACAAUUGAUGUAGAGCAUUCACAUGUGAGGUUCCUUGGAAACCUUGUCCUGAACCUUUGGGACUGCGGAGGGCAAGAGGCAUUCAUGGAGAACUACUUUGCGUCACAAAGAGACAACAUCUUCCGAAAUGUAGAAGUAUUAAUAUAUGUAUUUGAUGUUGAAAGUAGGGAGAUGGAGAAAGAUAUGCACUAUUACCAGUCAUGUUUAGAAGCUAUACUACAGAACUCCCCAGAAGCCAGAAUAUUCUGUCUGGUGCACAAAAUGGAUUUGGUGUCUGAGGAGCAGCGAGAUGAGAUAUUCAGAGAGAGGGAAGAGGAACUCAAGAUGCUGUCCAAGCCUUUAGAAUGCACAUGCUUUAGAACUAGUAUAUGGGAUGAGACUCUAUACAAGGCGUGGUCGAGUAUAGUGUAUAAAUUAAUACCUAAUGUUAAGGCUCUAGAAUCUUCACUGAAACAGUUUGCUGCAAUUGUGGAUGCAGAUGAGGUGCUACUGUUCGAGCGCGCGACUUUCCUCGUGGUGUCGCACUGCCAGCGGCGGCCGCACCGCGACGCGCAUCGCUUCGAGAAGGUGUCCAACAUCGUGAAACAGUUCAAGCUGUCCUGCUCCAAGCUCGCCGCGCAGUUCCAGAGCAUGGAGGUCCGCAACAGUGUCUUCGCAGCGUUCAUAGACGGGUUCACGAGCAACACCUAUGUCAUGGUGGAGAUGUCUGACCCCAAGAUCCCAUCCGAAGCCACGCUCAUCAACAUCAGAAACGCGCGCAAACACUUCGAGAAACUCGAGAAGGUAUCCAGCGCGCCGCAGUAUCAAUGAAGCAAUAGCAACUAGUUCGGAAUAGCUAAUGGUACUCGCUGUAAUCGUUAGGCCACUUGCAUUUUGAGUUCUGCCUGUAUACCAUUAUAAAAGGACUUGAUACUUGUUGGCGACAGAUCAGUGCCCCGAUCGCGCAAAUUUUUAACGUCUCCAAUUCAUUCGCGCUUCUUCACUAGUUGCGCUCCGUUUUUCAUUCCAGCUGAGGUGCAAAUUCGGUAUCGCGGUAAAGUUCACACUUCACGCGCAAACAAAGACGAAAACGGAUUUUAUCACUUUCCAAUAAAAGUCCAAACAUCAUAUUUUUCACUAAAACACAGCAAAUGUUCGUGAAGGCGUUUGAUUUGAAUUUGAGAAAAAGUACCUAGCUUUCUUUUAGCUUUUACACAAAUAAUCAGUUGCGUUUUGUUUUCGUUUGAACUAGCUGUCAUAGUGACACUGCGAUACCAAUUUGUGAUUUUCGUUCGUCGUCUAGUCGCGUUGUAGUUGAAAAUAUUUAGCGCAAUCGGGGCCCUGGUAACACCGGUGCUCGGACUCUAGCCUAGCGCCGGUGUUACCAGAUCUGUCGCCAAAAAUAAUAGACCCAAAACACAUUUAGGUACAAAAUUAGGUAUGUACCAAAGGGUUAAUCACAGGUUCUGAUUUAACCUGUUUGUCGUUCGACCAUGUGACUGUAUGAGACAACUGUAAUAUACAUUUUAAACUUGUGAGAUAUCUAAUUUAUGUUGUGCAUUACAUAUUAUUUGAAAAUAAAAUGUAUAUUUUACAGUCGCUUUCACAUGGACUCAGAGGCUCAUGCCCAUUUUCACCAUCAAUUCCUAAUUUUUAAGUGACCCCUGUGGUAACACAAUAGCAGUCAUUUUGUUUUCAUAGGAGUCACUUAAAAAUUAAGAAUUGAUGAAAAAACGGACAUUGUCCGUUUUUGUCCAUAGAUAUGAAGGUAUAUCAACCGAAAGUUGUUUUUUAUUUAACGAUUUAGAAUUUAAAUUCGUUUCAUGACAUAGAGUAAGAAACGGCAUAAAAUUCACAAAUAAUAGAGACAGAUCAAUUUACUGAUUUGAACUUAAAAUCAGAGGAAUAAACAAAACUCCAUCAUGAAAGGUGGCAUAACGAUUAAAAGCGACGAUGUUACAUCGGAACGUGCUAAGCACAAUACUUGCCAAAGCAAGACUUUUGAGCCCACUUGAAUACAGAUUAACGCGUCUAGGAUCAUGCGCAGACACGCACAACACAAGGUGAACUGUCUCGGCAUAUUCUUCAAAGUAUUUCAAAUAUCAAAAUAUCUUUCUAUGAGGUAUAGUCAGCGUCAAAUAGUUAGUGACACCCAAAAUAGCUAAAAAAUUCGCAACACUUCUUUGUUACAAUUAGAAUAAAGGUUGCGUUGUCAACUUUUUGUCCACUUUGAGUGCCACGAACUAUUUGACACUGACCGUACAUCGUGUAAAACCGUUUCAUUUAGAAAUAACAAAACAUAAUCACAAACUAAGCAAUACUUGUACAAAAAGAAAAAUAACAAUAUAAUAAACUAAAUGCUAUAAUAUGUGACUGAGAAUAUAAUUACAGUGACAUAACCACAAUAUUCAACUGAUUAUGAUUGUACACGUAAAUAUGUGAUUGUUAAGUUAAUUAAUGUUUUGUUUAUUUCUACAUGUAAGUACACUUAGAAUGCCGAAUAUUGUUGGGAAAUCAUGGAUAUGCAGGAGAUUCUAAGCAAUAAAUACCACAGUUGCCUUAAUCAUCCUUUUCACAUUCCAAGUACUUAUUUCACGUUUCAAUCGAAACUUUCGAAUCUGUAUUCAAUGUCGUGGUUAUUCUUAAAUUUACGCUCAUAGUAGUUAAAGUCUAUUAUUUGUUCAUUAAAAUAAAAAAAAGUUUUCUUAUGUUUUCUGUUGGUUUGAUUAUUUCUAAAUUUUAUAGAGUUUAUACUACUAUGACAUAAUAAUAGUUAAUGACAAUUUAUGCGGGCUUUAAUAUAAAUAAUAUGUAUAUGUCACCGGUUAAAUCCGAUCUUUGGAUUACUUUAACUACUAAAGUAAAUACAAAAAUAAUGCUGCAAUCCUGAAAAUGUCUAUUCGUAGCUUGCUGAUCCAAAUACAAAUUGUAGUUACUUGUGUUACUCAGAAAAAACUUUAUUCUGUGCUAAAAUCGGGUAUAGCCGGUAUUUUAUGUACCUAUAGACGAUAUCACAGGUGAUGUUAUAAAAUAAGUGUCAUCUUUUUAUUUACUCAAGGCUCCUAACUCUCAGAGUUACAUAUUUGUUUCAAUAUAAUCGCAAUAACCCUCCUUCUGGCGCAGUCGGGUAAAAAUACGCCUUUUGUUGUUAAUGUCCAUAAUACUCCUAAUAUUUAUAUUCAUUAUUGUAUUUCACAAUUCAAAUUUGUUUAUGCUGAAACAUAUUUCUCACGAAUUCUUUCUCAGAAAAUAAAUGUUUCAAUUUUAGUUAA